UUUCCUCUAUCGUGUCAUAGUAAUCUGCUAAUGGCGUUGACCGGCAGUACUCUUCACGCCAUGUUGUAAAUUCGCAUGUGCUAAAUAACAUUUAUGUGAUUUUAUACGAGGGAAUAAAUCUUACAGGGCCGUAAGACUGUCGUGCAAUGCAGGAUGAAGCGUUCAAGGAACACCGGGUAGUCGGAGAACUCAUAUUUUAGACUCGGGAAAAGUGCAUUUUUGAACGCCACGUUGACAGGAUCCUCGCAGACACCCUCAUUAACAAAAUUGACACUGACAAAGUUGAAUGAUUCAAAAAUCAGCGUUUUUUUCGAGUCGAUAUCAUUAUUUCCCAGUUUAUUUCAACGCAUCAAUGGGUUUUUCCCACCAGGGGGCGCAAACGUCCCAGAAUCCCCGAGGCGGACCUGCCCCUGAUCGCCAAAAAAACGAGACAGGUGCUCCCGAUCCAUCACGGACAGGAGAGGGUGGCGCCAUCCUCAAAGAUCGUGACGACUUCCGCUGAGGAGGGAGGACCGAGGGAGUGAUCGGAUCGCGGCCACCACCGCAAAGACGGAGAGAGAUGGCGGAGUGCGGCCGGAAGGCGCUGUCCCUCCUGGAGGCGGCCCGCUCCCGCUACGAGAGCCUGCAGAUAUCCGACGACGUGUUCGGCGAGUCCGGGGACGACAGCAGCGACAACCCGUUCUACAGCACCUCCGGGGACUCGGACUCGGACAACUCCAUCGCCGAGGCGGGCGAGGAGGAACAGCCCCACCACCACCACCGUCAUCAUCAUCAUCCUCACCACUACCAACACCAGCACCAGCACCACCAGAGGCGGGCCGACCGGGAGAGCUCACGCGGCGGGGGAGGAAGCCCCGGUCCGCCCGGUGCUCUGUCCCGCAGCCAAGCCGAGGAGGAAGGCUGGACGGAGACCCUGCAGGAUGUCACGGUGCCGCCGUAUAAAGGCUCCUACGGCCCCGCUCAGAAGAUGCCGGCGACCGCCAGCGCUCUCGACUUCUUCCAGCUCUUCGUCCCGGACAACUGCAUCCAAAACAUGGUGACGCAGACCAACAUGUACGCCAAGAAGUUCCAGGAGCGCUUCGGCCCGGACGAGGGCUGGCGUCCCGUCACGGCCCAGGAGAUGAAGGCCUUCGUGGGCUUUGUCACGUCCACCAGCGUGCACCACUGCGAGUCGGUGCUCAGCAUAUGGAGCUCGGGCUUUUUCAGCAACCGCAGCAUUGCGCUGAAAAUGAGCCAGGCGCGCUUUGAGAAGAUCCUAAAGUACUUCCACAUUGUGGCCUUCAGGCCCUCGCAGGGAAGCAACCAGGGCCUGUACAAGAUCCAACCCUUCCUGGACUCACUGCAGCAGGCUUUUAGCUGCACGUUCAGGCCUUCGCAGACCCAGGUUCUUCAUGAACCCUUGAUCGACGAGGACCCGGUCUUUAUCAGCACCUGCACGGAACGUGAGCAGAGGAAGAGGAAGAAGAGGAAGUUCAGCCUUUGGGUUCGACAGUGCACCUCCACCGGAUUCAUCUGUCAGAUUUCCGUGCAUCUGAAGGAGGGCCAAGGUGCGGACGGCCUCGGGGCUCUGAAGAACAAACCUCAGCUGCACAGUCUGGUGGCCAAGCAGCUGUGCCAGAACAUCUCGGGCAAAAACACCAUCGUCUUCACGGGCCCGUCCAUCACCAGCCUCGGCCUCUUCACGGAGUUCAGCAAGCAAGACAUCUACUGCUGCGGUCUGCUGAGCACCAGGAAGAGCGACUGCACGGGUUUGCCUCAGAGCAUGCUGGUGUGCAGCUCCACACCGGCCCAGCGUGGCCAGUGGCGGGUCAUGAUGCAAGGCAGCAUGUCGCUCAUCAGCUGGUACAACAAGGGACACUUCAGGUUCCUCACCAACGCGUACUCGCCCACUAAACAAGGUCUUAUCAUCAAGAGGAAAAGCGGCGAGGUUCCGUGUCCGCUGGCCGUGGAGGCCUUCGCGGCGCACCUCAGCUACAUCUGCAAAUACGACGACAAGUUCAGCAAGUACUUCAUCUUCCACAAGCCCAACAAGACGUGGCAGCAGGUGUUCUGGCUGAGCAUCAGCAUCGCCAUCAACAACGCCUACAUCCUCUACAAGAUGUCCGACGCCUACGCCGUCAAGCGCUACAGCCGGGUGCAGUUCGGCGAGAGACUGGUGAAGGAGCUGCUGGACGUCGACGACCGCUCGCCCACGCCGUGAGGCCACGACGGGGUUCCUUCACGCACUCCGACCAAUUCCACACGCGCGCAUUCACAUCCGCACACUUCCUCGCGCCUGUACAGACUUGUGUGUGUGUGUGUGUGUGUGUGUCUGUCCCGCCCCCCCACCCUUGUGGCGGAGCAGUGCCAAGUCGUCCCCGGGUCCUUAUCGGUUGUACUGUACAUGGUUUGUAACAUCACAUAUCCAGUUGGAGCAGUCGCGGGAUGGAGAGGCAUGAUGACCAAAAAGAUUUGCCAAAACGAUGACAUCACAGUAGUACUUUCCCCACUCUUAAUGGUAAAAUGUACACCAAAAUUCUUUUUUAUGCACUUUUUUUUCCCAGCAUUCCUUACAUAUUGCUCAACUUCACAAAAUACAGGAAAUUUUGGGAACCAUUUUUUCACUUUACCCAAAUUCUCCCCUCGCCCCCAGUAUUCUCCAUUUUCUACCCUGCCCAAAAAAGUGAAUGAGACAUUUCUCAAAAAAGUUCAAAAAUUCAAAUCGUUCAACUCAUUCCCAGCCUACAGAGUGAACCUGGUUAUCAGCCUCGGUACACAGAAAGAGUUCAAUGCUAGCGCAGCGCUAGUGUUAGCGCCAGGCUAGCGUUAGCGCGGGGCGAGCGUUAGCGCAGAGCUAGCGUUAAACUCUCUUUGUGUACCG